AUGAAGGGGCAUAGGCAUCUCACCAUCGUCAUCAAGCUCGGAACGAGCUCGAUCGUGGAUGAGAAGACCCAUGAGCCUCUCCUAUCCAUCCUCACCCUCAUCGUAGAGACUGCCGUCAAGCUGCGGAAAGAUGGCCACAAGGUCGUCAUCGUCUCGUCCGGCGCCAUUGGCGUCGGUCUCCGCCGCAUGGACGUCGAGAGGAGACCAAAGCAUCUGUCAAAGCUGCAGGCGUUAGCAGCCAUCGGUCAAUGCCAGCUCAUGACCAUGUGGGACACUCUCUUUACACAUCUGCGGCAGCCCAUCGCCCAGGUCCUGAUCACACGCAAUGAUAUAGGAGACCGUACGAGAUACCUCAAUGCUCAAAACACGGUCAUGGAGCUUCUCGACAUGGGCGUCAUCCCCAUCGUCAAUGAGAACGACACUCUGGCUGUCGCCGAGAUCAAGUUUGGCGACAACGACACCCUCUCCGCCAUUACGGGCGCCAUGGUCCACGCCGACAUGCUCUUCCUCAUGACCGACGUGGACUGCCUGUACGACAAGAACCCGCGGGCACACCCAGACGCCCAACCCAUCGAGGUAGUGGAGGACAUCGGCGCGCUGCAGGCCGACGGUAAGACUUUCUUUUCGCCCUCUGAGCCCAUGUUAUUCCGCUUUCAGCGCAAGACCUUGCUGACUCUUUUGACAGUGUCGACCGCCGGCUCCUCCCUCGGCACGGGCGGCAUGUCGACCAAGAUCGUCGCCGCCCGCCUCGCCACCUCGGCCGGCGUCACCACCGUCAUCACCCGCGCCUCCAACCCGGGCAACAUCCUCAAGAUCGUCCGGCACAUCCAGGCCACCCGCACCCCGCCCAUCACCCGCAACAGCUCUCGGGACCACCUCCACCACCACAACCAUAACCAUCAUCAUCACCCCCACCACCAAAACCAAAACGCCGCCGCCGCCGCCGCCGCCGAUUCCAACAGCAGCGGCGAAGACCCCUUGUCCCGCUCCACCGCCUCCCUCGACAUCACCGGCACCAGCACCACCCCACCCCCUUUGCACACCCGCUUCCUCCCGUCCACCGACCCCAUCCGCGACCGCUCGUUCUGGAUCCUCCACGGCCUCCGCCCCCACGGCACCAUCUACGUCGACGCGGGCUGCCACCGCGCCCUCGCCGACAAGGCAGGGCUCCUGCCCGUCGGCGUCGUCGACGUCGAGGGCUCCUUCGCCCAGCAGGAGGCCGUGCGCAUCUGCGUCGUCGAGAAACGUGUCCCCAACCCCGCUCCUCCCGGCACGGGCACGGGCACGGGCCCGCUGUGGGAAGGCUCCUGCCUCGAGGUCGGCCGCGCCCUGGUCAACUACUCGUCGGCCGAGAUCGCGCGCAUCAAGGGCCGCCAGAGCACCGAGAUCGGGCGCCUGCUCGGCUACGCCGACAGCGAGUACGUCGCGCAGCGCGAGUACAUCAGCCUCUUUAGGAGGGAGAGCCGGCCCGCGACGCCGAGCCGGGAGCUCGAGGAGCGCAUCCUCGGUGCUGGCGCCGGCGGCGGCGUCGCGGGGUACGAGUCCAACGCCGUGGUGCCGCCGCAGGACGGGGCAUAG